CGUCGUGGCGGCGAAGGAGGAGCCGGGAGGGCUGGCUGAACCAGGAAGGCGCUGGCGGUAGCGCGCACGCACGGACGUACGUCGGUGGCCAGCGGGGCGGCAGGCUCGCGCCCGGGCUCGCCCCGCACCGCGCCAGAGGCUCGCGCACUCAGCAGGUUGGGCUGCGGCGGCGGCAGCUGUGGGAGCUGAGGCGCUGCGCGUGAGAGGUCCCACACACUUCUGCGGUUCCGGCUCCGCCACCCUCCAUCCGCCUCCCUCACCCCAGUCUCCUGGCGGGGUGCUGAGGAAGGGAACAGCUCUAGCCCUGGGAACCCAGAGCACACCCCUGGGCUGUUUCUGACAGCGCCCUGCUUCCCUUCCCAACCGCGGGCCUCGCUCGGUGCUAGGCGACUCUGCGGGGAGGCGGCGGCGGCGACGGCUGCCUGUCUUUGGAGAGCCCCGCUGCCCUCCAGCCUUGCUCCUCCGCCGGGCCCUGCAGGGGCCGAGAAAGCUGGGCUCCCGGCCUUCCGCUGGCCUUUUUCAUCAGCCUGUUGGAGCAGGGUCGGUCCGGGAGGUUUUUGGGCUGAGGCGGCGGCAGCUCCUCCGGCUCCAUCAUGUCCGCGGGCGGAGACUUCGGGAAUCCGCUGAGGAAAUUCAAGCUGGUGUUCCUGGGAGAGCAGAGCGUUGGAAAGACAUCCUUGAUCACCAGAUUCAUGUAUGACAGUUUUGACAACACUUAUCAGGCAACAAUUGGCAUUGACUUUUUAUCAAAAACAAUGUACUUGGAGGAUCGAACAGUACGAUUGCAAUUAUGGGACACAGCAGGUCAAGAGCGGUUCAGGAGCUUGAUUCCUAGCUACAUUCGUGACUCCACUGUGGCAGUUGUUGUUUAUGAUAUCACAAAUGUUAACUCAUUCCAGCAGACUACAAAAUGGAUUGAUGAUGUCAGAACAGAAAGAGGAAGUGAUGUUAUCAUCAUGCUAGUAGGAAAUAAAACAGAUCUUGCUGACAAGAGGCAAGUGUCAAUUGAAGAGGGGGAAAGGAAAGCCAAAGAGCUGAAUGUUAUGUUCAUUGAAACUAGUGCAAAAGCAGGAUAUAAUGUAAAGCAGCUCUUCCGACGUGUAGCAGCAGCUUUGCCUGGAAUGGAAAGCACACAGGACAGAAGCAGAGAAGACAUGAUUGACAUAAAACUGGAAAAGCCUCAGGAGCAACCAGUCAGCGAAGGAGGCUGUUCCUGCUAAUCCCCUGUGGCACCUUCAACCCUUCUUCAAAAGCUCACUGCUUUGGCCCCCUUACUCUUUCAUUGACUGCAGUGUGAAUAUUGGCUUGAAUCUUUUCCCUUCAGUAAUAACGUAUUGCAAUUCAUCAUUGCUGCCUGUCUCAUGGAGAUGAUCUAUUAGCUUCACAAGCACAAAAAAAGUCAGUGUCUUCAUUAUUUAUAUUUUACAAAAAGCCAAAAGAUUCCAGCAUAUUCCAGUGAUAACUUUAAAAAUUAGAUACAUUUUCUUAACAUUUUUUCCUUUUUUAAUGUUCUGAUAAUGUACUUCAAAUGAUGGAAAUCUCAGCAGUAUGAGUGGCUUGGUUAAGGAGCAAUAUGUUCACUGCCUAUUUGAUCUCGUGCUGCUUUUUCUCAACUCCCCUCAAGUCCAUUCCCUGUUCUUACCCUCCCUCUUUUCCUCAAAACAAACGAGGUGGCAAAGCAGCAGUCAGACUAAGCCCAUUGGAAUUAUCCUUCAAUUUUACAAACACUACUUGCUCUGGGCCAUGAGCCAAGGUGUACAAACUUCUUAUUGCACACUGAUAUAAAUUACUUAGACGUUCUUCGUGGUCUCAAUGCAGCUAUCAUGGUGGGCAAUGUUUGGAUAAAAAAAGUGUUUUGGUACAUCUUCAAAAUGAGUAAUGAACAUACUGAGUAUUUACAAUAGAGGAACAUAAAAUAUUUCUGACCAAAACGAAUGACCCUUUCACAUGUGCUUUAUUAGACUCUGGGAGAGAAAAGUAACCAAGUGAUUCAGACAAGUUUUUAAUAUUUAAUUCUUCAUGGUAAAAUCGUCAAGUUCUAACAAACUAUUUCUCCCAAGGUUUUCAAAUUAUCAAGAUAGAGAUACUCUGUUUGUUUAAAAACAAAUCUUUAAGCAGUAGGUUUCACUUGGGUUUUCACUCUUUUUUUAAAAUGCUAUGCAGGCAAGGUACUGUAAAAGUCAAAUUCCUUUAAGAAGAACCAGUGGAAGAAUUUAGAUUUGGCACCAUGAUCAAAAUUAAAUUACUAAACUAGUAGGAAUAAUGAUGUCUAAAGCUUACCAAGAAAAGAACUCUUGGCAAAAAAGCAAAUACUUUGCUUAGGACAUUUGAGGUCAAAUUGAAGACAGAAACUGUUCUUUUGUAAGCCCCUAGAGGCAGAUCAGAAAAAGCAUACAUAGAAGAAGAAAAGAGAGAAUGGAAAUAAAACUCAAUAUUAUGCAGCUUAAUGCCUUAUUUUUUAGCAUUUUUUAAAUGUUGGGUCUUUCAGGCUGGUUUUGCUUUUUAUUAGAUCUGUAUAGUUUGGUUAAUGAACUAGUGAUUUAGUUUUAUAUUUAAGCUACAAUUAAUCUUUCUUCCUUGGUGGUAUUUAUUUCUUUGCCUUUUUUUUUAAAAACUACUUUCAAUUUUUAGAUGUUUUAUUGAAUCUAGUUAGAGCUUCAUCACCAUGGCAAUAUGUAUUUCCCUUAAAACACUGCAAACAAUUCUAAUAGGAGUGCACCCUUUUAAUCUUUACUAGUUAUUGUGAGAUUGCUGUGUAAGUUAAUAAAUACUUUGUAAAUACAUUGUUUGCAGGAAGAAAAUUUCUGAGUUUACAGCUCAGGAAAAGCCUGCUGAAUUUAUGUUGUAAGCAUUGCUUAACACAGUAUAAAGAUGAAAAGACAACAAAAAUAUCUUCAUACUUCCUCAUCCCCUCAUUGUAACAAGAUGCUUAACUGGGAGAACCUUAGUCCCCUCUUUUUCCUCUUCCUCUUCCCACUUAUUGUCACCUUGUAAUAUUCAGAGAGCACUUGGAUUAUGGAUCUGAAUAGAAAAAUGCUUUCAGAUAAUCAUUAGCCCACAUACCAGUAACUUAUACUUAAAGAUGGGAUGGAGUUGUAAAGUGCUUUUAUAAUACAAUAUUAUUGUUAAAGGCAAGGGUUGACUGUUUGUUUUAUUUUGACAUGGCAUGUCCUGAAAUAAAUAUCAAUUCAAUAUG